AUGCGAACGCUGUUGAUUCUCUGUGCGAUGAUACCGUUUGUCAUCAGCAUCGGUCGAACGCAAGCUGUAGGCGUUCGUGGAGUGCUUAUCUGUAACGAUAAACCAGCCGUUGAUGUUGAAGUGAAGCUUUACGAUGAAGACAAGCUAACUCCUGAUGAGUUGAUGGCUGUCGGAAGAACGGAUAGCCGUGGUCAGUUCGAGAUCAAGGGCCAUGCAGACGAGUUCACAUCGAUCGAGCCAAAACUGAACAUCUAUCACGACUGUGACGACGGUAUCAAGCCAUGCCAACGCAAGCUUUCGAUUCAUAUCCCAGAUGCCUAUAUCAGUAGUGGAGAGGAACCACGAAAAAUCUUCGACUUUGGCACGUUCCAACUUGCUGGCAAGUAUUCAGGAGAAACCAGAGACUGCCUUCAUCGAAUAUGA